AUGGAAAGCUCACAUGCACUCAGCUACCCUCGGGCGAACUCCGAAGAACCAGAUCAGCCUGCCGUGAUCUGUGAUCAAGGCAGUGGGGAGAGCGGGCGUCGUGACUUUCGGGCUCUUCUCUCAGGCCUCCUCCACCGCAAGGACGCGCUUUUGUCGAAGCUGUCACUUCGAGGAUGGAAGGCCGUCGUCCGACGCGUGGAAGGAGAUCUUGAGCAGGAAGAGUGGCGUGCGGCCAUGGAAUCCUCAGCGGGCCGGCUGUGUGUCCGAUAUGCGGUACUGGCGAACACCGGGCUCUCAUGCGCCACCAUUUGCCAGGACCGCGAUCUCAAAAGGUGGACGUACAGGUCUUGGAACCUAUCUUUGCGCCUGAUGCGCCAGGAGCGGAGUGCGGCAGAGGAGGCCGUCGCCAACUUGGCCGCUGUGGCCUCCAAGCCGGUGGUGUUGACGAGGUGGCCCCGUUGGUGUUUGGAGUCGCUUGAGCCGCUCCAAAGGCUGUCCGGAGCGCCGAGUCUACCGGCGGCCUUCUUUCGGGCCUGGGUCCUGGUCGCCAGCUGCAGCUGCAGCCGACGAGGAGCAGUGGGCUUCGAUUUGCUCCUGCAGCUCUCGGAGCGAACAUGGCUUCGGGAAAGUCUGUCUUGGUGGGAGCGAUGCACGAAGGAGGCGGCGCGGCUGCGGGAGCUCCGUAACCACCAGCAGGACCUUCUUCAACUUCGCCACAGAAACGCCGCGGCCGCUGCAAAGGUGGCGGCCCCUUCGACCGCGGCUUGCGAGGAGUUGAGUCUACGUCUCCUCCUGACGGCCUGGGCGGGUGCUGCGAAGACCGCGGCAGCCGGGUCGGCUGAGACGCUCCUGCCAGCUGUGGAGGAGCCGGGCCGUGGGGGCCCUCCUCUCGAAGAUGCUUCGUCAAAGGAGCUCGAAGCCAUUCUGCAGGGCUCGCAGCCGGGCUCGGGCGUUUCCCAGCCCCAUGAUUCGCUGCAGCAGGAGUGCGAGGAGCUGAGGCGUGCGCUGCAAGAGCAGCAAAGCAACUUUGCCCGCUCCUGGCGUCGCAUGCAGGAAGAGCAGGAGGAGCUUCAACGGCAGCGGUUCCUCCUUGUCGACGAGCUCGCACGCUGCCGAGAGUCGGCGGCCCGAGACCAGGAGGUUGCCUGCGGCGAGCGCCAAGAGCUUUUAGCCAAGCUGGAGUUGGCCGAGGCAGCAAGUGGAAAGGGGCGACUCGGCACGGAGAUUCCGGAAGAGGCCCAGGUCUGUGAAGAGGGAAGCAAGCCAAGCAGCGAACUCGCCUCGGCGGAGAGCAAGGCUUGCGAUUGUGGAGAGGUGAGCAGCGAGUUCACCCCGGCGAACGGCAAUGCUCUGGCUAGUCAGGUGGCGUGUGGAGAAGGAGACGGGCUGAGCGGCGAGCUCACCCCAGCGAAGAACAAUGCCCCAACUGGUCAGGUGUGUGAAGGAGGAGACAAGUCGAGCCUCGGGCUCGCCUCUGCGGAGGGCCAGGCCAAGGCGUGCCCGGAAGCGGGAGACAGGCCAAGCUGCGAAGUCGCUUCCACGGAGAGCAAGGCAGUCUGCGGAGAAGGAGACAGGCAAAGCAGCGGGCUGACCCCCGUCGAGAGCCAUGCUCAGGAACUCCAGGUCCUGAGCCAGGAUCUCUUGCUGCAGCUGGGCUCAGUGAGGGAGCGGCGUCAGGAAGCUUGGUGGAAGCACCUCCACUGCCUGGAGCAGCGGAUCCUCCGGCAGACCGCGACUUCGGUGCUCCGGGCAACCCUCACCGCGUGGCGCAGCCAGAGCUCUGGCGCGGAGAGCUUUAGGCGGCGCCAGCUCUUAGAUGGGCAUUGGGUGCCCUGGGAUGAGCGACGGCUAGGUCGUUCCUUUCGGGCAUGGGCUACACUGGCGAUGGCAGUUGGCCGACGCCGAGCCCUUCUGGCAGUGGCGGUGGAGGCCUUUUCGAGCGCCCGCGCACGAGUGAAGCGAAGGGCCAGCUUCUUCUCAUGGAAGGUUGCUGCCGCAGAUGCUCCGGUGUCAACUGCCAGCAGCAAUGCGCAAGCUUCACCAG